CAUUUGAAUGGCAUAUUCUUAUCUUUCCGGCCUGGGUGGUCUUGUCGAAGGGAUGGACUUCAAUUUUCAUUACCAAUAUUGGAUGUGGGGCUCAGGACAACAAGCCUGCAAUUCUGUCGUGAGCCUCACCAUCACUGCGGUGAUGAGUCCCCAGGGGACUUGAAAUGUAACGACAGCUUUGUCAAAGCAAUGAAAAUCAUAUCAAUUGAUGCCCCCAAUUUCAUAAGUCAGGUCAGAUCAUGCCACUAUGAUAGAAGUGUCCAAGAGACUUCACCUGCCUCAAUGGAUAUGGUCACGCACUUGACCACUUUGUUCGCGUUUGACCGAGUGGUCGGAGUACAGUUACAAGACGGGACAACCGCCCCGAGACCCACCACUCCUGGUUUCGUGCUCGAACCCAACGUUGUUGCCAGAACCAUUGAGUGGGCAAUUGAGCUCAGUCAUCGGGCUCUGGAAGCCACGAAAGGCCAGAAGGGGAACUCUGUCGCCGUCAAGUCCAAGCACUUCGCCACAACAGCGUUAUCACAUGGUAAGGCACGAACGCAUUCAUCUAAGAGCCUGGACAUCCUAUCGCUCAUAAUGCGUCUCUUACACUUCCACCGUAUUCUUUGGAACCACAGCCACCACCACAAUCAAUGGCACAGCGGUGAAGGAGAAAACAGCGAGCUAGUCUUCUUGGCAGGUAUCCCAGCCUUUAUCGUUGCCAGCAGUGGCGGCGGUGGCAACACCAUCAAGACCACAAGCAGUAGCGUCGAGUGUAUGGGUGCAUGCCUCGCUCCUUUCGGCGGCAAAAUCUCCAUUCCUGAGAGGGGGGCUGAACACGAGGCACGAGGCGCGGCCAAGUAA